AUGGCCCGUACAAAGCAGACUGCUCGCAAGUCCACCGGAGGCAAGGCUCCAAGGAAGCAACUUGCCACCAAGGCUGCUCGUAAAUCAGCCCCAACCACCGGAGGCGUGAAGAAGCCUCACAGAUACCGCCCUGGAACUGUUGCCCUCCGUGAAAUCCGCAAGUACCAGAAGAGCACAGAGCUGCUGAUCAGGAAGCUCCCAUUCCAGAGGCUGGUUCGUGAAAUUGCCCAGGACUUCAAAACCGAUUUGCGUUUCCAGAGCCAUGCUGUUUUGGCCCUGCAGGAGGCUGCCGAGGCAUACCUUGUUGGGUUGUUUGAGGACACAAACCUCUGUGCCAUUCAUGCCAAGCGCGUUACAAUCAUGCCCAAGGACAUCCAACUUGCCAGGAGAAUUCGAGGCGAGAGGGCUUAA